AUGGCUCUCGCCAGCCUCCACGAUACUUCCAAGGGUUGUCGGAAGCUCGGUAUCGAGUUGCGCGCAGCCGCCAGAGCCGUCAUGGCGCAAAGGAUGCCGCGAUCCGGCACACGCGCAGACGCGAACCCAGACGCAGACGCAGACGCGCUCGCGCUAGAUGACACGGUAGAGCUCGAGCAGUUCCGCCGCUCACCCCAUCCAUACCUGCGUCACGGAGACCAGACACAGAGGCAGUCACCAGGCCCGACGCAUCGCGCCCCUCGGCCCUCGCAGUCGCGACCCUCUUCCGAGCCUCCAGGCAAGACAAUGCACGACAAGGACGGCAGGACACGCAGGAAACGGGCACCGCACUCCCCGAGCGAAAGCGGCACCGAAGCCGACGACGAGGGCUACAGCCUCGUCAAGGCGCUGCCUGCUCCUCCCCUGCGACCGCACAAAGGCCUCCGCGAAUCGCGGACGUCGGGCACAGACGAAUGGGCGAGUCCGCUGCUCACUCCCACACAGAUCGACGACGAGGGGAGAAAGCUCUUCGAGGGCUACUUCGCUCGCACCAACCGGACGAGGCGCAAGGGAGACGCAUACCACAGCGACGACGACGAGGCGAGGAGGGCCAAGCAAAAGUAUCUCCAGCGGCGGCGCAACGAGCUGGUCAGGCGAACGACCGAAACUGCAUUGCUCGCGGGCAUUGCCACGCUCGCCGUCCGCGGUUGCGACUGCUGGGUCAAUUUGCUGGCAUGGCAUAGAGGUCAGCUCACCCCCCACGCAUGGGCCCAAGGUCGUUAA